AUGUCGGAUUCGUCGCUGUAUCUUGAGAUACGGAAUGUUGAAAGCGAACGGCUUCUUUUCUCUUUCAAGUUCAAAACAGAACAUCGCAAUCGAGGCUGUGCAUUCAACUCCUCCCCUUCCUCCCACUGCUCCUCCUCCGCGCACUAUUGGCAUUCCUCCUCCUUCCACUCCUCACUCCCUCCCUCCUAUCUGAACAACUCUCACCGAACCUCCUUCUCCUUCCUCUAUCUAACUGUUCAGCCAUUCAGCUUGCUCUCCCUCCCUCUUAACUUUCUUUCUCUGCUUUUGCCUCCCUCCCUCUCUUUGUUGCCUUUAUCCAAGCUACACUCCUCCCACUUCUACUUUUCUCUUUCUUUCUUUCCUUUUUUUUUUAUUCGUCCUAACUUCUGCAUUCUUUCAAUCCAUUUUCUUUUUUUACCUUUCCAAAAAUAUUUGUUAAAUUCGUUUUUUUUCUUCAUUCUUUCAUCUUUUUUUGAAUAUUUUUCUUCCUUUUUCUUUCUCUCAUUCACUAUCUUUUAUUUAUUUAUUUCAUUCUUCCUUGUUUUAUUUUUCGAUAUUUCUCUCUUCUUCACAAAGGACCGUCCGCAGUGGCUCGAUGAUCUAUCUAUCUAUCUAUUUAUCUAUCUAAGUCUCUUUAUAUCUAUCUAUCUUGGUCUCUUUAUAUCUAAGUCUAUUCAUAUCUAUCUAUCUAUCUAUACCAGUCUCUUCAUGUCUAUAUCAGUCUCUUCAUAUCUAUCUAUCUAUACCAGUCUCGUCGUAUCUAUCUAUCUAUUUCAGUCUUUUAAUAUCUAUCACAUCUUUUCAUAUCUAUCUAUCUAUCUAUCUAAGUCUUUUCAUAUCUAUCUAAGUCUUUUCAUAUCUAUCUAUCUAAUCUAUUUCUUAUCUAUCAAUCUAUCUAUCUCAGUCUUUUCAUAUCAAUCUAUCUAUCUCAGUCUUUUUCAUAUCAAUCUAUCUAUCUCAGUCUUUUCAUAUCAAUCUAUCUAUCUCAGUCUUUUCAUCAAUCAAUUACAUAUCUAUCUCAGUCUUUUCAUAUCAAUCUAUCUCAGUCUUUUUUCAUCAAUCAAUCUAUCUCAGUCUUUUUUUCAUAUCAAUCUAUCUAUCUCAGUCUUUUCAUAUCAAUCUAUCUAUCUCAGUCUUUUAUCAAUCUAUCAGUCUUUUCAUAUCAAUCUAUCUAUCUCAGUCUUUUCAUAUCAAUCUAUCUCAGUCUUUUCAUAUCAAUCUAUCUAUCUCAGUCUUUUCAUAUCAAUCUAUCUAUCUCAGUCUUUUCAUAUCAAUCUAUCUAUCUCAGUCUUUUCAUAUCAAUCUAUCUAUCUCAGUCUUUUCAUAUCAAUCUAUCUAUCUCAGUCUUUUCAUAUCAAUCUAUCUAUCUCAGUCUUUUCAUACCUAUAA